ACUGACCCAAGAUGGGCUGUGUAACGUCACAUGUUGUUUUUUUCUUAAGCUCAGUCAUUCUGAGCAAAGAGUUAUUUGCUGUGAACAAGUAGGCUACGUUAGACAUCGCAUGGUGAAACAGCGCCGAAAUCUCCAGUUCUCGGAUAUUUAAGUUAAAUCUCUUUUUACUGCGGAUGGAUAACAAGUUCUAUAAACUUAAGUAAAUAAAUUGUAAACGCAAGUAUGGCAAGUCCGCCUAUUAAAGUGGGAUACUCGUUACCAAAUGACAACAGCUUUCAUUCAAACAACAUCAGAAAAUGUGGAUACCUCAAGAAGCAAAAGCACGGACAUCGGCGCUAUUUUGUUUUGAAAGAUCAGAGUGACGGACUGCCUGCGCGGCUGGAGUACUACGAGAAUGAAAAGAAAUGGAAAAACAAGUCCGCUGCCAAAAGAGUAAUUUUUCUCGACUCUUGUCUGAGCAUAAACAAGCGCGCUGACGCGAAACACAGGUAUUUGAUAGCUCUCUAUACCAAGGACGAGUAUUUUGCUGUUGCUGCGGAGAAUGAGCAAGAGCAGGAGAGUUGGCACGGAGAUUUAACUGAUUUAUUAAAUAAGGGGAAAAUGUGUGACAGCUCCGUUUCUAGUUCGGCAUCAUCUCUGGUGGGCUUCGACGAUGGAAAUUACGGCAUGAUUACACCGGUGAAUGCUGCGUAUAAAGAGGUAUGGCAAGUUAAUCUUAAAGCAAAAGGAAUUGGGCAGAGCAGAAAUAUCACUGGAGUUUACAGACUGUGCUUAUCAAGUCGGACAAUUAGCUUUGUGAAACUUAACUCGGAGGUGGCAUCUGUGACCCUACAGUUGAUGAAUAUACGCAGAUGUGGGCACUCUGAUAGCUUUUUCUUCAUUGAGGUGGGCAGAUCUGCCUCUACUGGACCUGGAGAGCUGUGGAUGCAAGCGGAUGAUUCUGUGGUGGCACAAAAUAUACAUGAGACCAUUUUAGAAGCUAUGAAAGCGAUGAAAGAGCUGUCAGAGUUCAGACCACGCAGCAAAAGCCAGUCAUCAGGAUCAAAUCCCAUAUCUGUACCCACUCGGCGGAACUUGAACAAUUUACCCCCUAGUCAGACAGGGUUGGUGAGGAGGUCAAGGACGGACAGUACAGCAGCCACAUCUCCUGUCACCAAAUUUUCUUCUUGUCGAAUACGGACAGCGAGUGAAGGGGAAGGUACCAUGACCAGGCCCGUCUCCAUAUCAAUAUCUGAGAAUGGAAGCCCGACAGCUGUCAGCCGGAACCACAUGAGCAGAUCUAAUACUGUCUCGGUGGGCUGCCGGACAUCAGAACCAUCACUGCUUCAUCACAGCAGGUCCAUGUCAAUGACAAUGUCCCACUCGCCCCCAUCUGCUGUAAGCCCAUUAAGUUUGUCCUCAAUCAGUAUGAAUGGUUCCAUCUCAUCCACAGUACACAGACUCUCCAGCUGCAGUGGUUCUGUUUGUGGGUCACCUAAUGAUACUGGCUUCCUCUCGUGUGACGAUUACAGUUCUAGCCCAGGGGAUGUGAAGUACAACCUAUCAAACAGGAGUGACACACCUUCUUCUCUCUCCAGCACACCACCUUCAAGAGAAGCCAGCGAGCUCCAUGGUUAUAUGGUGAUGGACAGGCCAUCCAACUCCCAGAACAAGAUGUGUCCAACUAGCAGAGACAUAUUUGACAUGGAUAUAUACAGGAAGAGGACGUAUUCUCUGACAACCCCGCGGCAACAGGUAGCACACUCCCAGCUAUCCUCAGCGUCACUUGAUGAAUACAUGCUGAUGAGGGCUGCGAACAGGAGAACAAAUUCUGCAUCUCCGAAGGUCUCAUACCCAGAUGAUUAUGGGAAAAUUGAUGUUGGCUCUUACUGUAAUGUGGGUGAUGACGGCUACAUGCCCAUGACGCCAGGCAUGGCACCUCAGUGUGCCAAAAAUGACCACUACAUGCUCAUGAGUCCCAUGAGUGUUUCAGCACCCAAGCAGAUCAUUAAUCCGAGGUCACAUCCUCAGCCAACAGGCAGUGGCUGCACUACUAACUCACCCAGCAGUGGAUCACUAGAGGAUAGCGGGUACAUGAAGAUGUGGUCUGGAUCAAAGUUUUCACUGGAGAGCUCUGAUGGGAGAGCAGUGAAUGGAGAAUACAUGAAUAUGUCGCCGGCUGACACAUAUGUCUCGCCCACACCACCAGAUUAUUUCCUGGGUCAAUGUGAAACAACACAACGAUCCUCCCCAUCUCUAAGUAUUCGCUUUAACAAGCACCAGGCACCUAAACGGGCAGAUAAUCCAACAGAAGAGGCCAACAGGGUUUCUGCCCUGCCACCUCUCCGUCGCCCUGACGGCAUGGGACAGAGAGCAAGAGUCAACAGGCCCAAUAGGUUAUCUUUAGACACUCUGAGGAUGCUUCCCAGCAUGACUGAACACCCUCUCCCUUGUGAGCCUAAAAGCCCUGGUGAGUACAUUAACAUAGACUUUGCUGCUGCUACACAGUACUCCUCUCCCUCUAUGGUUUCUGUGGAAAGCCAGGGCUCACUGUCCAACCUCGGCCCGGGAUCCCCCCUUUCAGACUACAUGAACCUCAAUCAGAAUUUACACUCUCUUAAACUGAGGGAAGCGCUCAACAGUCCCCUGAAUGGAAUGCCAGAGCUGGCUGAAUGCCCAUGCCCGCCUGAUGAGGGGGCUUAUUUCCUCAAUGAACGGAGAAACUCACCAUGCCCAUCUGGCACAGGUAAAGACAAUUACACUGAGAUGAGUUUCAACAAUGGUCACAUCUCACCUCAAUUCCUGUCUGAGAAUGAUGAGAGUGCUUCAGUCAGCCCCACUAGCAGGGUUCAAAGGCUGGACCUGAGCGACCAGGGGGUGUCAAAAGGAAUUGGUGCUUUCUUGUUGGCUGCCUCCUCUGUAGACCCAAACGGAGGAGCAAAGGUGAUCCGGGCAGACCCUCAGGGCCGGAGACGGCAUAGCUCUGAGACUUUUUCAUCCACCACCACAGUUGCACCUGUCUUUCCUUCCUUUGCACACAAUGUUAAGCGACACAGCUCUGCCUCAGUAGAGAAUGUCUUUGUCCGAAGCAGUGAAGGUUCUGAUGAGGAGUACGGGUCUCCCAUGUGCCGAGAGACUUCAGCUGGUUAUCAGAAUGGACUUAACUACAUCACCUUAAACCUCAUGGAGAAACAAGAGAUGGGCAAUUGUGAAAACCUUAUGGGCUUCAAGACUGGUGGUUGCUGUAAAGCAGGAAUAAAUGGAUUACAUGUAACUCCAUAUGUGUGUCUGGGAUUCAAAGAGACUGCAACCACUGUACAAGAUUGAGCAAGGAGCAGAGGUUAUUCCUCCUGGUACUGAGGGAAAGUGGAAGCUCAACCAGUAACUAGACCGGACUGGUCUGGUCUGGACUAUGCUGCUGUAAAUGAACUGUGACCUUUGCAACUCAUCCUAAAGCUGUACGUCCGACGGCUGGGUUGUGAUUAUUCUAGUGAGGCCACUUUAAAAUGCUACUCCUGCACCAUUUUUCAGGAUCUACAAAGCUGCUGCUCUGUUGGUAACAAGAGUCACGUAACAUACAUGCCACUUGUAUGUUUGAACUUUUAAUUAUUGUUGUUGAUGUGAACACUUUGUUUUUUUGGGGUUUUUUAUUCAGAAAAAUGAUUGGAAUAUAUUUUACCCUGAAAUAUGUAAUCUUCAUUUACCUGACAUAGACAAAGGUUCUUAUUGCCCUAUCACAUGAAUAGCUACAAUCGUGGUAUUUUAGUAUAUAUUAUGACUAAAAGAUUUCCACAAGUCCUUUCUCAGGAAAAGACUUGUACUGAUGUAUGUAAUUUAGAAGAGAUAAAGAAUUCCUACUUA